GUCGACCCUGCUGAGGUCCACCCCCCCAUUACUGUAGAAGGCAGCCCUACGGGUUAAUGAAGCUAAAAAUGCCAGAUGCUGGCCUCUCUCUUGCAGAACAAUGAGCAAGACUAUGCUGGUGCCUUCUCAUUUCACCAGGACCUUUGGGACAGCAUUCCCACGACUAUGACGGAUGUUUCUAAAGCAGAUCGAUCUGACGACGGCUCUUCGGCCUUCCUAUCUCCCUGACGAAGUUCUCUUCUUUGUCCAGGACAAUGUGGGCCUCUAUGAGGGAAAGUACAAGCUUCCCAGCCAGCAGAAUGGCCAGGUGUAUCUGACCUCACAUCGAAUAUGUUAUGUCGACAAAGCCGAGCCACGGAAACACUCGGUUGCAUUGGAUCUAAAGGAUGUAGAGCGAUAUGAGUUCUAUGCCGGAUUGGGAUUCUUGAAGUCUUCUCCAAAGGUCACGUUGAUCCCAAAGCCAACAAAACGUGCCUCCCUGCGGUCAAACUCCCCUGCCCUCGGGACGACUCCCUCAAGAAGCGAUGCGGCCUCGCCGUCGCAACAACCGCAUAGCCCAUUCCGAGCGCCACCCGCCGAGGCUCCCAAAGCCAGCACAGCAACUUGGGUCUGCACCAUUUGCAGCUUCUCAAACCCUGUGCCCUCAAACUUUGAUCCCGCCACCGCAAACGCCCAUAUCCCCCUUCCCCCUUGCCUGGCCUGCGGUAUCAAGCCAGCGUUGACCCACAUCUUGAAGGCUGCCAUCUCUAAUGCCGCCAACCGCCAGCCGGCGGCUGCUGACCCGAGCCUGUGUACACCUCUUCCCGUCCGCCCACGGCCGCAGUCGGAACUCGCAGCCCAGGUUCAUGUGUCUACUGCAACAAACGGGUCUCUACAGGUAUCAGAUCCGGAUGCCUCUUUUCAAUGUCCCCGGUGCACCUUUCUCAACCAUCCCUCCCUCCUCGCCUGCGAGAUCUGCGGAGCCCCCCUGAUUUCGCGCCAUGUGCCUGCCGAACUUGCCCAGACACGACCGCGCACCGAAUCCCCUGGGGCCGUACUCAACUCACCUGUCGCCAAUCUACAAGCAACUUCGGAUAACCCAGACAAUGUUAAGAUCUCGUUCCGCGGCGGGGGUGAGAAGAUCUUCUACGAGCGAUUGAAGGGGUCUAUGACGCAGCGGAAGUGGCUGUUGCAGGGGGCACCACCAAUCCCCAGGUCCAACCGUCCCGGCGAUGCAUACUCUUCCACGGGGGCCACCGACGGGUCAUCGGCGACAAGGCCGGGCCAAGGGACUGGGAGCCAGGCCGACAGAGUAAGGACGGCCGGCAUCGCAGGCCUAGAGCAACGAGGACUCGACAGGCGCAAGAACAACGAGAUCGUUAUUGGCACCGCUUUUGAGGAUCUCGAAGCCCUCAUGGCAUCGGCCAAGGAGGUGGUCGCCCUCGCAGAGUCGUUCGCUCGGCAAGCCAAGAGCGGCUCUGGGAGCAGCGCAUCCGAGAAUGCCCUCCUUGCCGAGUCGGCAAUGCAGCUGGGCCUCAUCACCACCAAAGAUAUUGUCGGAGGAGGUGAUGAUUCGCUCUAUCUGUCCGAGCUGGCCCGGAAUCUCGCCGAGUUCCUCACAGACGACGCGCGGGGCGUCCUCAAGAGGGCCGGCGGCAUCAUCUCCCUCGUCGAUCUGUGGGCCAUGUUCAACCGCGCCAGAGGUGGUGUCGAGCUCGUGAGCCCGAACGACUUCGAGAAAGCUGCGCGGUUGUGGGAGAAGCUGAAGCUUCCCGUCCGCUUGCGAACCUUCAAGUCGGGUGUCAUGGUUGUCCAGAGUCGCGACCGCACCGACGACGCCACUAUCAAGUCGCUUCUAACGUGGAUACGUGGGCUCCGCACCGUACCGCCCGACCGAGAGGUAGCGUGGGAUUGGCAAGAGUUCGGCCGCGGGGUUACUGCCAGGGACGCUGCCGAGAGGUUCGGCUGGAGCAUUGGUGUCGCCGAGGAGGAACUCGAGAUGGCCGAGGAAAGGGGCGUGUUCUGUCGCGAGGAAGGCAUCGAGGGCUUGAAGUUCUGGGAGAAUUUCAUCGACACCGGCGAGGGGCGAUCGUACCGAACCCCACAACAAGAGGCAGAGGACCUGCUUGUGAGGGUGCUCAAAGAGAGCGGGUUCCUAUGAAACCUGGGGGUUUUGGCACUGGGUUCGGAGUAACAGGCACUUAUAUAUAGCACGGCUCAAGUCCCAUGGUUAAGAGUUGCAAUAGUAUAUUCUAUCGUUACAGCCAUCGUUCUCGUUUUAUCUACCAACCACCCAUUAGAUCCUC